UCAUUAACAUUUGUAUGGCCUUACUUCUACAAGGUCAUAGGUAAUAUACUCACAUACUUUAAUCAAACCAAUAAUCUGCUGUAAGUUCCACCACUAAUCUUCACCAUCUUCUUUUCACUUUGGCUGAUAAACAUCCACAUCCUCUUCAACUUCAUCUGACUCCUUCCUCUAGAGUUUCAUACUGUCUCAUCAGAUACCCACCCACCUUACUCCUUGAUCUGUCUUUUUUUCUUUCUCUAACAGCUUUUUGUACACAUCUGCUGGGUCCCCCUUUGUUUGUUCAAUCUUUUCUUCCUGUGUUAUUCAUUCUUUGCUAUCUUUUGGAUUUAUUCUGUUUUCAGUUUUUUUGUCCAAAUUGAACGAUCGCAUCGAUCAGUAACAAUGAAGGCCAAUAUCAGCCUGGCUCUGAGCAUGCUCAGUCUGAUCCUCCUGAACUUUUUCUGUGACGUCAUGCCUUCCCCCACCGAAUCUUCCACCAAUGGCACACAAUAUACCCCCACCAUGAGUGGUACACUUACAGAUGGCACCAGCGAACCCACUGACCAAUUCACAAGUCAGAAUAGUGUCGGAGGAAAGCAAGGUAAUUCUACUGUCAUGUCAACGACCUUAUCUGUCACGACAAAUGAACCAUCUCAGCCUUCAACAACCAGCAGCACGGAGCCUGAAACAACCAAAAAGCCCCCAGCCUCACGCACAUCAACCACUUCCCCUCUACCCAAGGACACAACCAUAUUAACCAGUCCAUCAAAACCUGUUGGGUUUAACGUUGGGUCCGCCUUUAUAGUAGUCAUAGGGGUCAUCAUUCUUCUCCUCCUGCUACUCGGGCUGAUCUACAAGUGGGCCACCCGCCAAUCAGACCGGGAGGGCUCCGCCACUCGGCUACUAUUGGGCAUCAGGGAGCGUUUGAGAGGCUGGGUGAGGACCCUGGAGGAACAUCUAGAGCUAUCCCUUUGGCCCUGGAAGAGAGCACGGGAUGAGGAGGACGGAGAGGGAGAGGAGGGGGGAGACAGGGAGGAGGGGAAGAUGGAUGAUGGCGGUGCUGGGGCCAGGGGAGCGAAAGGUGGGAAGAACUGCGAGGACGAAGACUACGGCGAUUCUUCUGACGACUACUCCAGCUUGGAGGGGGUCGACCUCAGGGAGCGGGCCAAAAACCUGGAGGAGGAGGCGAAAAAGGAGGCGGCGGCAAAGAGGAACAGCGGGAGUGCAGCGGGCCGGGAUGACACGAGCGGGGAAAGUGAUGAAACGGAUGAGGAGCAGGAGCGAACAGGAGUCACCUCCGGUGAAGAGAAAAGCAAGGGAGAGAUGUGUGACAUCACAAUACUUUAAGAGGGAACAAGGAAGGCAGACAGGGGGUUGGGCUUUGAAUUGAAUUCACCUGUGUAUUAUUUGUGUGGGGGGGUCCCAUAGCAGUUACAUUUUAUGUUGUUAUACAAUAAAUGAACAUGUGUACCCCAUGCAGAUUCCUGAUCAUGAUGUGUGCAAACAAGAAUGUGUUCAUUUUAGGUUACAACAUUGAAUCAAAAUUGAUUUAUUGAGGGUUUUUUUUGCCACUGAUCAAGAAACAGCCACAAUGUCAAAAGUGAAAAAUGUAAGAAGAUGUAAUUUAAAUACAAAUCCCCCUUUGGUCAAUAACUGGUAGAGCCAGUUAUAGGCAGCAAUUGCUGCCCG